UGAAGAAGAUGAUGAUGAAGAAGAUGAUGAUGAAGAAGAUGAUGAACAAGAGCUUAUUCUGAAGAGGUCGCUAUCAGAGCACAGAUUCUAGACGCCUAUACAGUACACUACAGAGAGAUCGUCGGAGAAGAGCGGAAGAAUCGAGAAAAUCAGAUGGAGAACACUCCUUCCUGUCCUCGAAGUGUGAAUGUCAAUCUCAAAAAUCUUCCUCCAAUUCAUAAUCCGUGUGUUGGAAAUGCAAAUCACUCCUCGAUUCCGGCUAAAUUUGAGAAAUCGAGGUAUAUUGGGCGCGUUCCUCAGUUUAUGCCACCUAAUCACUCGCCGGAUGUAAGGCCGAACGAAUAUGAUGGCGUGCCGAUGAACCCGGCGUGUUUUGAUUCUGCUCGUUCUCCUAAUGCGAGGACGACUCCGAAGGAAAGGAAAGAGAAUUUCGGGGAUUCAGCUUCGAGGUCCAGUGGUUGCAGUCAUGACUCGACCAAAGAAGGUACUUCAGUAAAGAAAUCGGCGAAGUCCCUUCUGUAUGAGAUAUGCACUGCAAAUCACUGGAAGCCUCCUCUGUUUGAAUGCUGCGAGGAAGAAGGUCCAAGCCACGCAAAAAAGUACACAUUCAAGGUUAUUGUAGAGAUGAAGGGAGAUUGUGGAGAAGAUUUGGAAUGCUAUGGAAAACCUCAAACAAGAAAGAAAGUAGCAGCAGAGGAUGCGGCAGAAGGAGCAGUAUGGUAUUUAAAGCAUUUGGGGUAUGGUAUUUAAGAAUAAUUAAUUAAGGGAAUUGUAAAGAGCUAGAAAUGGGAAGUGAGUGAUCAUUUUGAACCCAAGACUCUUUUUCAGGGCAUAAAAUUAUUUUCCAAUUGCUAGAAAAGAAUUCCAUAUUCUAUA